UUUUAUGACCUUUGACAUGCUGGCAUCCACCCAGAAAAACUUGCUCAUCCAGGUAUUGCUAAGGGUCAUAGGUCAUGAGAGAGGCAGACAAUCUCAGAAGGGAACAACACACAGAAGGGUGACCUAGGACGAGGACACGAGUGUCGCCAUGUCUCUGUUCGCAGUAGCUGUCCUCACAGGGAUGGUGACUGGGACCAUCCACUUCUCACAAGAGUGCCCUACAUGUGUAGUGGAUGUGCGAGGGGAGUUGAGAGGACUGAGUAAAGGACUACAUGGCUUCCAUGUGCACGAGUCUGGGGACAUGACAAGCGGUUGCACCAGUAUGGGUUCUCACUACAACCCCUUUCGCAUGACCCAUGGUGGCCCCACUGAUACUGUGAGGCAUGUUGGAGACCUAGGGAACAUUGUUGCUGGUGCAGAUGGCAUAGCCAAAGUGGACAUCACAGACAAGCUGAUAUCACUGUCUGGCAAAUACUCUAUCCUUGGGAGAGGCCUGAUCGUCCAUGCAGAUCCGGAUGACUUAGGCAGGGGGGGCUUCCCUGACAGUCUGGCGACAGGCCAUGCCGGUGCACGGGUGGGAUGUGGAAUCAUCCUGGAGACGGCAGGCGACACCUCACAGGACAAACGCUUAGUGCAAAUACUUAAGUCAGAGAUACAGGAGAUACGAGAUAAAGAAAAGUCUGAACAGGAGACGUGGGAUGGGUUGGAUUGGGCCACAGUGCUUGGCUGAUAUCUAACGCUAGUUCACUUUUAUUCGCUGGGUAACCUAUAUCCGUUGUCUGCAAAAGGCAGGAUAUUCAGGAAUAUCAAGUCGACGGGCGGUGGUUUCAAGUUGCACUAUCUUCAAAAUAUUGCAGUUUGAAACUACCAUCCUUCAAAGUGAUAUCCCAAAAUCCUGCUUUUAUAUAAACAAACCGAAUAUAAGUUACCGGUGGAUAAUGGUGACCCAGCAUUAAGUUUUUUGUAGGUGUAAAAUAUUAACAGGAUUGAGAUUUCUGACUGCCAACCACCUUUGUGUUAGAUUUAUCCCUAGUUUAAAUCAAAGAGAUUAGUGGAGACAUAAACUUUAAGGCUAAGGAUGUUUGCAGUCCAUCGUUUCUUUUGUGAACCUUCAACUAUGAAACUCGUAUUUGGAUGUCACCAUUUUAAAAGUUUGGUAAAUUUUAGUUCAAGAAAAAUUUGUUAUAAUACACUGGUAAAGUUUCAUUGUUAAAAAGACAUACAUGUACAUACAUUCAUUCAUACAUUAGUCUUCCAAUGUGCUACAGGAAAUUGUUUAAAUGAAGGAACAGUCAGAAUAACUCUGUAAAAAAAUCAACUUUCCCUUUAAAGUGCAGUAUAUUCACAUGAAUAGGAAGUCUAUACCCAGUAUACUUUGUCUUCUAACUUCUCAAAGAUGAUGCAGCAAGUUUCAUAGAACAAUGUGAUCUUACAUCAAGAUUUUGUCACAAGUUUUAAUACCACAUGUUCUGAUUGAUUAAAAUAAAAACUGUU